AUGGCACCCGUACGUUUCGGCGAUCUAAAGGAGUAUGUGGUCCAGUCGUGCGACCAGCAACGUGGCUUGGCUGCUCACAUGCGCCAGGCGGAUGACAACUUGGGGCGGACGUUGUUUAAACGUAACGAUCGCCAGUUCCUCAACAAGGUCAUUCAUGAUGCUUCCAUGGAUCACCGACCAGAAUAUGACAAGCGACUCAAGCAACUCGCGAAGCUUAUUGGGGUAAUCGACGCCGACGCGACCCACCACGACGUGGGUACUGACCACAGGUUCAAGCGUCACGAACAAGAGAAUCGGAAGCUUAAGCGUCAGCUAGAAUUUGCGCUGACUGAACUCAAGAAUUACCAAGACAACUUCACAAAGCUUAAGAGAGCGCUGGAGGAUGUAGACUCUGAAUUCGAUUGUAGAGACUCUCAGCGCAAGAUACUCCAAAACAACUCCACAAAGUUUCAGCGAGCACUGGAAGAAGUACGCUUUGAAUUCGAGUGUAAAGACUUUCAGCGCAAGGAGAAGGUGACCCGUGAAUGGAUAGCAGCUCAAGCCCGUGAACUUUUUCACAGCAGCAGGACGGAAGAGGAAGCUGAGGAGCACCCGAUUCGCUUCACGGCAUCCGAUCCGUGGGUGUCUUCGUUCAUGCAGCGCAAUGGUUUCAGCCUCCGUCGUCGCACCAAUCUCACUACACUAACCGACGAGGAGUUGGUGCGCCGCGCUGUGUCUUUCAUGGGCUUCUUGGAGACGCACAAGGGUGAGAUGAAUCGCGAUCGCACCGUGUUAAUGGACGAAAAGGCUAUCUACUUCGAGGACCCACGAGAUCGCACUGUAGACGUUGUUGGACGCCGCCAUGUGGUCAUCCACUCCACGGGCUUCGCUUCAAUGCGGAUUACGGCUGCGUUUGCAGUGACUGCGUCCGGAAAGAAGCUGCCUCCGUGCCUGAUCUGGAAGCGAAAGACGCGUGGCCCGAUUGAGCGUCUUGGAGGGUGCUACGUUUCGGACGGUGUUAUACAACAAUAG